AUGGUGUACUCUCUUUACGAUGGGACCAUCGUGACGGCCAAAAGUGCCCUUAUUUCUUUGGCCUAUAUUUUGCAUCAAGCAGAGCAACACCCCAAUUCCGCCGGCCUUCUAACUGCACGUUUACAAGAGGACAUGAAACCAUUGACCUCUCAAAUCCAUAUCGCCACCCAAGUCACAGAGAAGAUGCUUGCGAGGUUGUCCGGGCGGGAGCCUGUGGUAUACGAUGACAACCUCGAAUGCUAUGCGCAACUGUAUGAGCGCCUCGAGAAUUCGAUCAGGGCUCUGAGUGAAGCCGAUAAGGAUAUCGUCAACCAACGUGGCGAAGAGGUGGAAGCCACUGUAUUAGGCCCGGACAGGAUCUUGCCGAUGAGUGGAGCUGCAUUCGUUAAUGGCACGGCAAUCCCUAAUAUAUUCUUUCAUCUCACAAUUGUAUAUGCAAUUUUGCGAAAGGAAGGUGUGCUGCUGGGGAACGAGACUACAUCAUAA